GUCUGCCAACUAAAAACGUGAAGAAAAGACGAAGAAAAACAUACGUUGGUCAGUUUUAUUUUUUUCCCCCAACCCAUUUUGUUAUCUUGUUUUUGUUUUUGCACAACUACGUAGGUGGCGUCAUCAAGAAGCGACAAGACACUGAACUCCCUGAACAUUACAUGGUGGUGGUUUGGACUGUGCUUAGCAACACAAUAGCCGUUAUUAUUAGACAUGCGAGGGGACGAUAUUGCUGGACACAUUAAACCAUGAAUCGAGUAAUGGGGAUGAAUGGAACAUAACUUUCACACCAGUGGUUCCUUUGAUCAAGUACAAUAAACAACGAUGGGUCAGCAGAUUUCAAACCAAACUCACACUGUCCUCAACAAGCUGCCAGACAAGGUGGUGAAACACGCGUCCUUGGUACGGGAGAGUGGCGCUCUCUCCUAUGAAGAAUUCUUGGGGAGAGUUGCAGAACUUAAUGACGUCACCGCAAAACUGGGUGCUGGCCAAGAGAAGCAUUUACUGUUUGAGGUUCAGACAGGAUCUGAUUCAUCUGCACUCUGGAAGGUUGCUGUCAGGAUAGUUUGCACUAAGAUUAACAAGGCUACUGGGACUAUUGAAUCAUCUAGAAUAAUGAACUUGUAUCAGUUCAUCCAGCUUUACAAAGACAUAACCAGUCAGGCAGCUGGAGUUCUGGCAUUAGGUGCUACAUCUGAGGGAACUUCUGAAGAACUUUCUUCAGUGUCAUCUUGUCAAGCCAGUAUCUGGAUGGGCAGGGUUAAGCAGCUGACAGAUGAAGAGGAAUGUUGCAUCUGUAUGGAUGGUAGAGCUGACCUGAUCUUGCCGUGUGCUCACAUCUUCUGUCAAAAAUGCAUUGAUAAAUGGAGUGACCGCAAUCGAAACUGCCCUAUUUGCCGCUUGCAGGUUACUGCAGCCAGUGAAUCUUGGGUAAUGUCUGAUGCACCAACAGAACACGAUAUAGCAAGCUAUAUUCUGAACCUGGCAGAUGAGGCAGGGCAACCACAUAGACCCUGACCACAAUAGCAUUCCUCUAUUACUGAUAAAGUGGUUCUUUGUAAGGGUUGCAAGUAGAGAAUUAAAAUGAAAAAUAUCUCGGUUCCACUGCUGUGUGUUUGCCAAUGCAGUCAAAACAUCUUGGAUUAAAGUUUAGUAUGUUAAUGUUAUGUUAUUGGCAGACCAUCUUAGUUGACAGAAAAUGGAAGCCCUGCAGUGAUUUAUAAACUUAUAUACGUAUUUAUUUGCUUUGAGAUGUGUUUUACUGACCUUUAUUCUUUAAUUGAAUUUAUGUUGGUGGUGUUUCUGUUUUAUACUGUGUAACACAAAAAUUACGAUUUUUAUCAAUUUUCAUUAUAUAACGUGUGAAAAAAUGCUCAUUGACACUCAGUCUUUACGUUAAAGCUCAUAUGUUUGCACCUUUUAAAAAAUAAUAAUUAAAAUACAAGCUGUAUAUUUCUUUGUUGGUGUUGUAGAAGAAUCGUCUAUUUGGAAGUGUACUUUAAAAACAAGAAACAUGUCUGUGACGUAAACUUUCCCAACUGCAAAGUUUAAUUUUUAUUACUGCAAUAUAAAUACUGUAUGAAUUGAAAAAAAAUCUUGUUUUCCAGCUACAUUUGAGAAGCUAAUUUGUGUGGAAUUAUAGGUUUUAAAUGUAAAUAUUACAUUAUUUUAUAAGGAUCAUAGUUUUACUUAAUAAAAGUAAUCACUAGAUUAUUUAAUUAUAUAUAGACAUAUUUUUAUAGUGUUUGACAUAACCCCAAAUUGGUAUACUACAGGUAAUAGUUAACUUACGUUUCCCUCCUAAAUUGCAGUCCCUUCUAAAUUCCAGUACAGUAAAAGUGGUCCAAUCCAGUAUGCACAGUUAGUAUUAAAAAUUACAAAUGUUUCUGCUGGAAGUCUUUAUGCGUUUCUAAAUCUUGUGCCUUUUUCUAUGUGCAUUUACUCCAUUGGUAUUAAGGAGAGGUUCUAGUGAACUAGGUUGAAACCCCAGAAGUUAGCUCAACUACUUAUACUAAUGGCUUAUCUUUACCUAGUUGAAUUGUAGUGAUGUCUUUAUAUCCUGAAAGGGUUUGAUUAGAAGGAGUGAAGUGUACGUACUGAUUGUGGUGAACUGAUUAACUUAUCUACUAGUAUAAUAUUUUGUCUGUUUUUAUUUAAGUCUGUUUCUUAUUUUCAAUUAUUGUAAAAUGGGUCUUAAAGGAUAGUGUUGCCCUACUCCUUUUUCAUAAUUUAAUGAUCGCUACAGUACAUUUAUUUUGGUUUUCAAAUGGAGACUUUCAUUUUAUUGGAAUGUGAAGUUCCUGCUUCAGAUCCCAGUAUAGUACAUGUAUGCAUGUAUUGACUUGCACUUUAUCGUAUAAAAUAAUAUCCUAACAAUAUUACUGACGUGAAUUUGUUUGUUGAUAUUACAAAAUGGGCACACUGGAAUGUAAAGUAAAAAUAAUAAUCAGAUAGACCACUGAUAUGUAUAAGGGUUUUAUUGUAUUAUUUUUUUUUUGCUUUCUGUCAAGCAUGACCAGAAAAUGAUAUGACAUACUAAGUAAUGUCUGCUUCAAAUAUCUAUUGAUUUAGCUGAGAAAAUCAAUAGAUUUAGUAAUAAAGCAUGUUUGGCAGUAUUUACUGUAAACCCUGACAGAUACCCCAUAUUUGAAGUGCUUGAACCCACUAGAUGGCGCUCUAGUACCACAAGUGUCUGAUACCCUGGACAAUAUGUUAAAAUGCUGCAGAGGAAAUUUUUAAAUGUUUAUAUAAAAAAAAAAAAAAAAACUAUUGAGCAAAGCAGGACAUUAGCAUUGUAAAUGUUAUACUUGUGAAAUUGAUAACAUUUUUGAAAAUCUGGCCCAUACUCUUACAACUGGAGUAAUUGAAUGAAUACUUCAAUCACAGAACCUGUUCAGGUUAAAUAAAUUUCUUAGACCUUGAAACAAGUAAAAGAAAACAAUAUUAAACUAUCUUGACCAUAGUCUUCUGCCAUUUGGUAAUUCUUCACUGGACAAAUAACACGUUUCUGUAUGUUUGUAUAUUGACCUACCGGGAUGUGUGCACUUCCUUUGCGCAUUGUAUCACACGUUUUGUGUUCUUCGAUUUAGCAAAAUAAAACUUUUACUCCCAAUGUU